AGUAAAAUAAAAAAUAUAUUUUCUGUACAAUACGAGUUGAGAGGUUACAGUGACUAGAUUGGAAAUAUUUCUAUAAAAGUAAAAUAAUUUUGAUUUUUCACUGACUCCAGCUAGGGUUUGUGGCAUAGAUAAAAAUCUCCGGUUACACUAAAAUAAUAGUUUCUACAUGGUAAUCUGACUUUUUAAAUCAAAUUUGAUAGAAAAAUUUAAGCCGAAUACUAUUUCGCAGUUCCAAAUUACAUCGUUGUAAUUUGCUAAUAAAUAGUUUGCACUAAACCUAAAUGCAAUAUUAGAUAGUGUGAACACACCCAAACAUCGCCUAUUGAAAACGGCAUCGAUGUUGACAUCGAUUUUUUUGCAGCUCUAGUAUACAAAUUGGCGAAUUGUUGUGUGGUGUGAAAAUUCAUACUUUCGCAAAUAAAUUAUUGAAACUUGUUAAUAAGUUCCUACGUAUAUAGCAAAAACGAGCUUAGCCCAGCCCCAAUUACAUAUCCAUUGAAGUCACACACCGAACCAGCACAAAGGGUAGUUUUUCAUCUCGCGAGUGUGAGUCACUGGCCAGAUUUCCCCACCCAAAAACAACAAGACAGUCGUCUUGCCUCGCAACCACUUGCUAAGCAUUCAAGUGAUCUCACCAAAGCUCCCAAGCACCCAAUCACCAAAUAGAUAGUCACGAAAUGGCCGCCGUAGAGAAUGCUGAGCCGCGCACGGAGCUCCAGGAGCUGCAGCUUAAGUCCGGACAGGUGGCCGAUGAAUCCCUGGAGAGCACGCGUCGGAUGCUCGCCCUCAUGGACGAGAGCAAGGAAGCCGGAAUCCGCACGCUGGUGGCCUUGGAUGACCAGGGCGAGCAGCUGGACCGAAUUGAGGAGGGCAUGGACCGGAUCAACGCGGACAUGAGGGAGGCGGAGAAGAACUUGAGUGGCAUGGAGAAGUGCUGCGGCAUCUGUGUGCUGCCCUGGAAAAAGGUGAACAUCAAGGACGACGGCGAGAGCGCCUGGAAGGCCAAUGACGAUGGCAAAAUCGUGGCCAGCCAGCCGCAAAGGGUCAUCGAUGAGCGGGAACGCGGCGGAAUGGGUGCUCCGCCGCAAUCCGGCUAUGUGGCCAGGAUCACGAACGAUGCACGCGAGGACGAGAUGGACGAGAAUCUGGGACAGGUGAACUCCAUGCUGGGCAAUUUGCGCAACAUGGCCCUAGACAUGGGCUCCGAGCUGGAGAACCAAAACAAGCAGGUGGACCGCAUCAAUGCCAAGGGUGAUGCCAACAACAUACGCAUGGAUGGCGUCAACAAGCGCGCGAACAAUCUGCUCAAGAGUUAAAUAUGCACAACGGCCACGUCCCGAAUCAAUAGCGAAACACGAUAGUCGGACACCUCCAUUUCAAUCUUGCUAGGGAAAGGAACCAAUGUUGUGGGCACAAAACGUAGCUGGUGGUAUUGCGUUAUUUAUACCAUAUAUUAUACACAUACAAGUAGUGGCAACUGCUCCUGGCAAGCGCAAGCGUAACAAACCCAUCUAUACUUACAAGAACUUCGAGCCGCCGAGCCGGAUGAACUACCUACUACUUUCUACAACUAUAUAUAUAUGUAUAUAUAUAUAUAUAUAUAUGCGAACCAACAUACUAACUACUUACUAUUACUACACUCGUGUACAAAUGGCAACCGAAAGGCGCCGGAAACAAUUUUAUUAUGAGAUUUACCGUAUGAUGUACUCUGUUUUUGGUACAAACUUUUUGAGCAUUUUACCAAACUUUGUGAAAUCAAACCAAGUAACUGCUGCUGAGAUGGAUAAAU